UUGUCGCGUAUGAUAAGGUUCUCCCCGCACUUUGCAACGGUUCGUUACUUCGUCCAAACUUGUGAUUGGGUGGGAAUGUUCCACUAUCGAAGCCACCAUCGUAAAAGGAAAGUUAUAUCUGGUGGCAAAACAUGUCGCUUUUCACUGUGUGAUAGCAUGAUAGGAAAGUCGAGCAGACUAUCCUGUUCAGGUCAUUGGUUGAGAAGAAACGUGAAGGCAACUCCGACAUGGCAUGAUCGAAUCAUUACUCUCAAGAUAUAUAGAUACCGUCUAACGUUGACACUUUGCACCAAGCUGAAGCAACAAGACAAACCGAUACACCGUCACUCAUCGCCUUAUCCACACUAUCAGCAAUGGGUUCUGUACCUCAGUCUACCAGCACUUUCGACGUCCUCAUCCUGGGCGCAGGCCUCUCCGGUCUGUGCUCACUCUAUCAACUCAAGAAGCGCUUCCCAGAAUGGCGUAUCAGGGUUCUUGAUGCCGCCCCCGACGUUGGAGGCACAUGGUACUGGAACUCUUACCCCGGAUGCCGAUUCGACUCAGAGUCGUUGUCUUACUGCUUCUCGUUUGACAAGGAGCUUCUCGAUGAGUGGCACUGGAAGGAGGCCUUUUCGCCACAGCCAGAGACUCACAAGUACAUCACCUAUUUCGCCGAGAAGCACAAUCUCAAGAAGGAUGUUCAGUUCAACACCACUGUUACAAAGGCUACAUGGAGUGAGUCUGAUCACACAUGGACCUUUGUUGAUGAAGCUGGUAACGAAUACGUCUCCACGUUCCUCAUCAGCUGCAUGGGUUUCCUAUCCGCACCCACUCUUCCCGCGAUCGAAGGCAUUGAAGACUUCAGCGGCAAGCUAUUCCACACUUCUCGCUGGCCCAAGGACCUUGACAUCACGCGCGACUUUGUGGGCAAGAAAGUUGGAGUAAUCGGCACCGGCGCAACAGGUAUCCAGAUCACCACUGCUGUCUCCAAGGUUGAAGGCGUGGAGUCUCUCAGCGUCUUCCAACGCACAGCCAACUGGUCCGCUCCUCUUCGCAACUCUGAAAUCACCAUUGAGCAAAUGGCCGAGCACAAGAAAAACUAUGACAACAUCUUCAAAAUUUGUGAUACGAGCUCAUCUGGUUUCAUGCAUCAUGGCGACCCUCGAAAGUCACUUGAGGUUUCGGAGGAAGAGCGUCUAGAGCUUUGGGAGAAGCUCUAUGACACACCUGGUUUUGGAAAGUGGCUGGGCGUGUUCUCCGAUACCUACACAGAUCGAUACGCCAACAGUUUGUAUUCCAACUUCAUGGCUGAGAAGAUCAGACAACGAGUUAAUGACCCUGCUAUUGCGGAGAGCUUGAUUCCCAAGAACCAUGGUUUCGGCACGCGCCGAGUCCCUAUGGAGAGUGGUUACUUCGAGGCCUUCAACAAGCCAAAUGUUCAUCUUGUUGAUCUCCAAAAGUCGCCUAUUGAUCGUGUCACACCAUCAGGCAUCUUGACUUCAGAUGGAAAAGAGCACAAGCUCGACAUUCUAAUCUGCGCUACUGGCUUCAACGCCAUCACCGGUGCCUUCAGUGCUAUCGACUGGCAUGGAAAGAAGAACCGACCAUUGAUCGCAACUAGCGAUAGCCCCAAGGGCGACCAAGCAGUUUGGGUUGACCAUCGACCCCGAACAUUCCUAGGCAUCACUGUUCCCUCGAUGCCCAACAUGUUCAUGGUUCUCGGCCCUCAUCAGCCUUUCGGCAACGCUACCCGCAACAUUGAACACGGUGUGCAAGCUAUUUCGGAUAUGCUGCAGUACUGCAAGGAUAAUGGCUACACAUCUGUUGAGCCGACAGAAGACGCUGUUGAGCAAUGGACCGAGCAUGUGGUGAAGUGCAGUGAGAGUCAAGUUCUCAUGAAUGAGAUUGAUAGUUGGAUGACAGGUGUGAACAAGAACGUCAAGGGUAAAAAUGUUAGGAGUGUUGCACGAUACAGUGGUAGCAUUGGAGAGUAUCGAAGGCGAUGCGAGGAGGUUAAGAAGUCGGGCUACAAGGGUCUUGUUUUCGCAUAGAUAGAGGUAAUCAAAAUUCAUUUCAUUUGCAC